ACAGAAAUCAACCCAAGUUCUUUUGUUAAUCUUUGCCCAUUAUGGAUAACACCGGUGCCAAGCGCCGCCGCGUGCUAUUGAUAUCCUUCCCUGCUCAAGGCCACAUCAACCCUUCCCUCCAGUUCGCCAAGCGCCUCACGCGCCACCUCGUCCAUGUCACUUUUGUCACCUCCCUCUCCGUUUACCGCCGCAUGUCCCAAACCCCAACGCUCCCUCAUAUCUCCUUCGCCUCCUUCUCCGACGGCUACGACGACGGAUUCAAACUAGCAAACGACGACCCCAUUCGCUUCAAGUCGGAGAUGGAGCGCCUCGGAUCCCAAGCGAUAAGGGAUAUGAUUACAACAAACGCGGAGGAAGGCCAGCCCUUCACUUGCGUCGUAUAUUCCAUACUCUUACCAUGGGUGGCUGUGGUGGCGCGUUCCCUCCACCUCCCUUCAAUUCUUCUCUGGGUUCAACCCGCCACCGUUUUUACUCUGAACUACCAUUACUUCAAUGGCUACAAAGACUCCAUAAUCCAGAGCAUUCUCGAUGACCCUUCAAGAACAAUUCAAUUACCUGGACUUCCAUUAUUAACUGCCCAUGACGUUCCAUCGUUUCUCCUUCCUUCCAAUGUUUAUGAGUUUGCCUUCCCCAUAUUUCAAAAGCUAUUUGAAUUACUGGCUCAACAGACCAAUCCCAAGGUUCUAGUCAACACGUUCCAGGCCUUGGAGCAGGACGUGGUGCGAGGGAUGGACAAGAUCCAUUUGGUGCCCAUUGGACCCUUGGUUCCGUCGGCUUUUCUGGACUGUGAGGACCCUUCAGAUGCCUCUUUUUGCGGCGAUAUGUUUCCAUGUAGUCGUAACAACGAUGAUUACAUUACUUGGCUUAACUCCAACUCCAAAGCAGCUGUGGUUUAUGUAUCGUUUGGAAGCAUUGCGAUGCUGUCCAAGGAACAGAAAGAGGAGAUUGCAAGUGGGCUGUUGAGCUUUGGACAACCGUUUCUUUGGGUGAUUAGAGAUGAAGAUAUGGGAGAUCAUACAUUGAGUUGCAGGGAGGAACUAGAAGCGGUAGGAAAAAUAGUUACAUGGUGUUCACAACUAGAGGUUCUGUCAAGCCCAGCCACAGGAUGUUUUGUAACGCACUGCGGAUGGAAUUCGACGUUGGAGAGUUUGGUUUGCGGGGUUCCGGUGGUGGGGUUUCCGCAGUGGGCGGAUCAAGGAACCAAUGCAAAGAUCAUUGAAGACAUGUCGGAGACGGGAGUGAGGGUGGAGGUGGGCAUGGAUGGCAUGGUUAAGCGAGAAGAGAUAAAAAGGUGCUUGGAGGUGGUGAUGGGAGAUUCAAACAAAGGGGAAGAGAUAAGGAAGAAGGCCCUGAAAUGGAAGGAGUUGGCCAAGGAAGCUGCUAGGGAUGGUGGCUCAUCACAUGCCAACUUCAAGGCUUUUGUGGACCAACUUUGUUCUUAACAAUAUUUCAAUCAUGCAAUUUGAUGACAGAAAUAUUUUUAAAUAUUUCUUCUCAUCAUCUCGUUUCAGUCCACAA